GCCAAUCACCACCCGGACAAAUUCUCCAACGAACCAAUCAGACGCGGUUCUGCGGAGACGCUGCAUCCGGAGCCCGUUGAACCCACAGAGCAUCUUCAUCACCAUCCUCCUCCUCCUCUUCCUCCUCUUCUUCUGAACACCAUCCCGCAGACACAGGCGUGCAAAUGGGGCGCAGGAAGUCCAAGAGGAAGCCGCCUCCCAAGAAGAAGAUGACGGGCAACCUGGACACCCAGUUCACCUGCCCGUUCUGCAACCACGAGAAAUCCUGCGACGUCAAGAUGGAACGAACCCGGAACACAGGGAUUAUAUCGUGCAGCGUCUGCUUGGAGGAGUUCCAGACGCCGAUCACCUAUCUGUCCGAGCCCGUGGACGUUUACAGCGACUGGAUCGACGCGUGUGAAGCAGCCAAUCAGUAGUCCUGUCUCCCUGUGACUCACCUUCUCUCUAACCUCACGUUUCACCUCUGGUUUGGUGAAUCAGCUCCUGUUUGUCUCGCACCGUGUAGGAACAAGCCCACCGUCCUUUCCCGUCAGAGACACGCAGGGUUUCUUUGUGCUCGCUGAGCGUGACACGCCCCCCCCUCUGGCUGGGCCGGAGGCCGGACACCGUCGUUUUGACGGUAACGUGUCUGCGUCAGGCUACAGGAUGAAAAGUGUUGUUUUCUUUCACAGAAGAUGAAGAUGCUCUGACAUUCUCCGUAUUAACCUGUCAUAUUAUUAAGUUUAUAGUAUAACCUGACUGAUAUUUCUACUAAACAUUCCACGUCCUUUUUUAGUAUUUCUGUUAUAGAUAAAGAAUCAUUCUUUUCUUUAGGUCGUAUGCAGAAUAUACUGACAUACACACGUGUUAGUGGAAGUCGUGUUUCAGUUUUCAUCCCCGUUACAAAUGCACUUAAUCAUUAUGUUGGUUUCUCCUUUUUUUUUUUAGACUUGUGUAUUUAUACUGCUAGAUUUUCAUUUUCCUUUUGAAAACCACCAACAUGUAUUGUCUUUUACACUCGUGUGUAUUUCACCUGUACUGUGAAAUUUGAUGUAACGACAAUGAUGAGAAAAUUAACCAGAAAAACGUAUUUUUCAAGUGUUUUUAUUGCACAAAUGUGGCGUAUAGAAGAAAAAAGAGGUUAGCGCAGAUGUGUAGUUUGAACAGAUGUUGAAACACAAGAGGAUGAAGUCGUUUCUGCCAUUUUGAAUAUCAUGGUGGGAUAAUGAUGAUUCGUUCUCACAUUUGAUUGAUUUAAAAAAGACAUUUGGUCGUUUGAUGGAUUAAAAAGAAAUACAGAAAAUGUAAAUGUCUGUAUGUAUGUGUGCUUUGUUCCCCACUAGAUGGCGCUCUGCUACAUGUCCAGAAUCAUAGCUUUGGUGUUUUUUUCCUGAAACACAAACAUCAGCAGCUCAGACACGUUGGUCCGUUUCACCUCUGAGGUUCUGAUGUGAAACAGCGUCUAAGCCCCGGUUGUUUCCAGCGUCACAAUAUGACGGCGACUUCUAACCUCACGACAACGUUACAUUCAAGACAUUCGGUGGUUUUACAGCAUGAUGACGUUUCUAUAAGGGAGAAUCUCAUCUGUGUUUGGCAAACAUCACAUCCACAAUCAUCAGCAAGCACCAGGGUCUGUGGUCAUAUUGCUGUUUGCUACCAGUGGUGGACAAAGUACUCAGACACUUUGCAUUAGUACACAUGAAAAUACUCCUGUUGCACUUUUAAAUGUACCUAAAGUAUGCCGAGAGAUGUUUUUUCUUUUACUUUUAAAUAAAAUGAGUUGUGAAUGUAAAAA